AUGGCUAAGAGAAUAGAUGGACUUCAACUAGCUUCAGUGAGUACAACAAAUCAGGCUUCAAUUGAAUGGGGUCAAAAUGAAGCAGGCAAUGUUGAGCAACAACAAGAACAAGUUCAAUACAUGCAAAACACCUCAAGUUCAUUUCAAAACGACUUUCAUGGUGACACAUACAACUCAUCCUGGAGGAACCACCCCAACCUGAGAUGGGGUGAUAAUCAAAACCAGUGGCAGAAGAAUAACAACUCCAACCAUUCUCGCAACACACACAACCAAAACCACUCAUCCAACAAUGCUAACCAAUACAAGAAACCACAAAACACAUAUCAACCACCUCACCACAAUCCACAAACUCAUCAAAAUAACAUUCCCGCACCAACAUCUAAUCCCCAAAACUACCACACUACCCCUACAAACAACUUCCAACAACCACAUUCCACCCCCAUCAUACCACCAAUUGACCAUCAUGAAAGUAGACUCUCAAGUCUUGAGGCAGCCCUACAAGCAAUUGCUCAGUCCACUCAAAGCUUGAUCAAAGUGCAAGAGAGAAAUGAAGCUACCAUGAAGAGCCUUGAACGGCAAGUGGGGCAAUUGGCUAAACAAGCUGAACGGCCAACCAAUAUCCUCCCAAGUGACACAGUGCCCAACCCAAGAGAAGAAUGCAAAGCUCUUCAGUUGAGAAGUGGCAAAGUAAUUGGAGAAAGUCCUAACAAGGAAGCAAUAAAACUCAAAGAGCAAGGCACAUCAAGCAAGCAAGAUGAAGACAAGAUAGCAACACCUCAAGAAGGCAAGGAAGAUGAAAAGCCACAAAGCAAGACACCCACUCCAGACAACCACCCCAAUAACAAGGAGAGUGUGAAGCCACAACAGGAGAACAAGAAUGAAGGAGUGAAAGUCUAUGUACCCAAGCUUCCAUAUCCAACCAGGAUACACAAAGGAACGAAAGAUCAAUAA